ACAGGAGAGGUAACUGGGGUCCCGGGCCUAGCGAGGCGGGGCGGGGAGGCGCAGGUGUCACCGCGGGCGCCCAGCUGCUUACGUCACAACCCGCGGAAGGCGCCGUGCACCGGUUGCUAUAGAGGCCGCACUUCACACCCCGUGCCUCCCCGCCUCUCCUGGCUCCUCCGCCCAGAUCCCCGGCGCUCCCGCGUUCGGUGACGGCCGGGUAGGCUGCAGGCAGCGCAAUGCCAAGACAGAGCUGCUGGCGGCGGCGGGCGAAUCUCCCUGCACCAUGAGUCUCGGCUCCGGCCCCGUUUGGGGCCGAUGAGCACAGCGCACGCCGCCCUCCAUUUGCCCCGGGGCCUCGGCUGCGAAGAUAGCGGCGGCCGGACAGGAAGCCCGAGGAAAGCGCUGGGCCGCGUCUCUACGAACACGUGAAGGAAAAGCAGCUCCUUCCACAGCGCGGCUUCGGGGCUCCUAGGGAGUCGGGUCCCGGGCCGCCACCGUCACCUCGGCCGCUGCCGCUGUCGCCAUCGCCUUGUUCCCCCAUCCCCCGCCAUGGCCGAGGACCUCUCUGCGGCCACGUCCUACACCGAAGAUGAUUUCUACUGCCCCGUCUGUCAGGAGGUGCUCAAAACGCCCGUGCGGACCACGGCCUGUCAGCACGUUUUCUGUAGAAAAUGUUUCCUGACUGCAAUGAGAGAAAGCGGAGCACAUUGUCCCCUAUGUCGUGGAAAUGUGACUAGAAGAGAGAGAGCAUGUCCUGAACGGGCCUUAGACCUUGAAAAUAUAAUGAGGAAGUUUUCUGGUAGCUGCAGAUGCUGUGCAAAACAGAUUAAAUUCUAUCGCAUGAGACAUCAUUACAAAUCUUGUAAGAAGUAUCAGGAUGAAUAUGGUGUUUCUUCUAUCAUUCCAAACUUUCAGAUCUCUCAAGAUUCAGUAGGGAACAGCAAUAGGAGUGAAACAUCCACAUCUGAUAACACAGAAACUUACCAAGAGAAUACAAGUUCUUCUGGUCAUCCUACUUUUAAGUGUCCCCUGUGUCAAGAAUCAAAUUUUACCAGACAGCGUUUACUGGAUCACUGUAACAGUAAUCACCUAUUUCAGAUAGUUCCUGUGACAUGUCCUAUUUGUGUGUCUCUUCCUUGGGGAGAUCCUAGCCAGAUUACCAGAAAUUUCGUUAGUCAUCUAAAUCAGAGACAUCAAUUUGAUUAUGGAGAAUUUGUGAAUCUUCAGCUAGAUGAAGAAACCCAAUAUCAAACUGCUGUUGAAGAAUCUUUUCAAGUAAACAUCUGAAGGCUGUAGACAUCUCUGCAUCUUUGUACCUGCAAGUGCCAUCUUUAAGGGGGAAACUACAUGAAGUCACCGUUUCAGUAACUUGAUGUGUAUAUUAAUAAAAGUAAUUCAGUCAUUUUAGUUUUUGAUUGAAAAUAAACGUAGGGCUUCUAAAAACUUCAUCAUCUUGAUAAGUUAAAAAAUGAAAGUUAUGACAUUAGCUUUAAAGGUGUAAAAAAGAUGUUUCACUAAUGUAACGGUGAAAGAGAAUCCCUGUUGUACUUUAUCUUUUUGUAAUAUUAUUUUUGAAUUUUUCAUUAUUAUGUUGCUUUUGAAAUUUGAUGCAUUCCUCCCAUUUACUUUAUUAUUGUACACAUUUAACACACAGUAGCAAAUUUUGAACAGUGUGAUUGAUAUAACCUAACAAAUCUGAGCCAGUUAUUAGAGUUGCAGAAUAGAAACUUGAAGUGCUAAAUGGAAUAAUCCAAAGGAAAUUUCUUAAAUGCAGGUUCUAGCUGAAAAAUUCAACUAUAAGAAAAUUGUAUUUAUAUAACAUUUACUAUUUUUGAAGACUAGUGAGAUUUCUGUAAUUUAAUUCUUUAAAAAGUGAAAGCUUGUUGUAAAGAUAUUUUCUUUUUGUUAUUAGAAGGAAAUACAAAGAGAAAAAUUUCUUUCUUUCAUGGGCAUUUGAUAAUUUCAGUCUUUGACUGAUUUGUAAGCCUAGAAUAUACUAAGCUGAAUAACAGCUCUUUGGCCUCAGAAUUUUCAGUAGCCAGUAUUUCUGAUUAACUAAGAAGUUGAAACUCUUAUUAGAAACUUUCAGUUGGUGAUAUUGUAUUCUAGAAGAUAUAAAUGAGAGGUUUGGCUUCAUCUCAGUUUAGAAAUUUAUUCAAAGCUAAAGAUGUAUAUGUAUAUAUACACAUACUUUUGUGUGUAUAUAUACACAUAUGUGUGUAUGCAGUUUGUCAGGUUAUAUAUAGAAUUUCUAUUAAGGAUUUUUUAAAUGGACAAGCAAUAGGGGGUUGAAGUGUUUAUCUGAUUUGUUUAAAAUUUUGUAUAUCACCAAAUUUUUAAAAAGUGAUAGUCACAGUGCUAAGUUAUCUAGUUGGCUGCUAUUACACCUUAAAAAUUGAGUUUACACACACACAAUUACCUGUUUAUAUGGUGCUCAUUUGUUAUUCUCAAAUAUAAUGUGUGACCGUGAUAUAGUGAGAAAGAUUCUACCAACCACUGUUUCACUACUUUUUAGUUAAAAUUGGGUAUGUUCUUAAUAUUCGUUAGUGAGAAUCACAAAGUAUUUUGUAGAAGGCCCAAAUCACAGAAUAAAGGACUAAGAGUGGAUUUGCUGACAUUCCAUACUAAUAUACAUUGUUUAUGCUUUGUUUAAAAUAACUAAAAGAACAUAAAAGAGAAUCUCAGAAGUAGUUUGCUGCUAAUAUAUACAUAUAUUGUAUAAAAAGGUAUAUUUUGGUUUUGUUAAAACCCUUGUUGACUUUUCUACACUGAACAUUUUUUUAACUUGAUUUAAUAAAAAUGUUAAUUUUGGAA